UGGUGUUCCUUUUAAAGGGCCAUAAAUUACAGGGAAAGCUCUGAGUGGAUACUUUGCAAUCUCUCUUACUCAUCCCUUCACACUUUCCCCCAACUCCCCACUCCUCUCUACCUUCCUUGUACUGUAAACCAGUUCUCUCUACCACAAAUUCUGUCUCUCUGUCUCUCUCUCUUCCUUGCACUGCAAACCUUCUCUCUGAUCCAAAUUCUUUCCGACUUUCCACCUCAUACCAGUUAUCCUCCUCUUCCUUCAGUAGCAAACCUCUUCCUCUCUCUAACUCAUAUAACACCUCAACCCCCCAUUCUCAUACUCAACAGUUGUCACCCAUUUUCAGGCCUAACUGUUAUCAUCAAUAGCCAUUACUCUCUUUCCUCCACACUUCUCUCUCUACUUCACCAGUCCUUAACACCAAUACCCACUAGCCCCCUUCCUCUUCGUCUUCUCCCUCCUCUUAGUUUUAAGGAGAAAAUGGCGGAUUGGGGUCCUGUUUUUGUGGCUGUAGUUCUCUUUAUAUUCCUUACACCGGGUUUGCUAUUUCAGGUUCCGGGUCGGGGACGCUUCAUUGAGUUUGGGAACUUUCAUACAAGUGGGGUCUCCAUUUUGGUGCACUCGUUGCUGUAUUUCGCUCUCAUUGCUAUUUUCUUGUUAGCAGUUAGAGUCCACAUGUAUAUUGGUUUUUAGGUGCUGGGUUUUGCUACAUUUAGCUGGAAUAUCAGUGGGGGUUUUUUAUUGUUUUAAGCUGUUUUAAUUCCCCAGUUUUUCAUUCUUUUUGUUAACAAUGUGUUUGUGGCAUGGUGGGGUGAUUUUUUUUUAAUUUUUUUUCUGGUUUUUUUUUGGGGAAUGGGGUUGUUUAUGUGCUAAAUUUGGAUGUUAAGGUGUAUUCCAACAGUAAUAAUGAAAUGACAUGAGUUAUAUGUGGCCAAA